UCUAUAUUGUCAAUUUCACUGCGCAGCUCGAUUACGCAUAAUUUACGUUGUUUGAUUUGUUUACAAGGAUUUUUCUACCUAUGGUGACCUUUUCUUAGCAUGGUUUAGUCCCUUUUUAUUGUCCGGUAGUCUGAGCUCAGCGGGGGAUCCAGGCGAACACGUGCUGCUGAGCCUUCCUGGUUUAAAGAUUUGAUCCAGGGAACCCUGAUCAUGCCCUGGAUGUUGUUCAUGGCUUUUAUGCAAUUUCACCGUGGCUUGCUUUACUACGAACAUUUACGCGUAUGAUCUAACUAGCAUGCAGAAGCGAGGAAAAUAAUAACAAGCUUCUGUAUUCACAAUGCCGCCAAGAAGGAGCCAUCGCAAGUCCCGCCUGGGAUGUAUUCAGUGCAAGAGAAGAAAGAUAAAGUGUGACGAGGCUCCGCCGCCAUGCGGCAACUGCAAAAAGCACAAUAUUGAAUGCCAAUUCGCGACACCUCCUGGGGCGGUACGCCUGAACGGUAGAACUGGCCGUUGGCCGGCGAUCGUCAAUGGCGCCUCAGCACUGCUACCUGUUUCUUUCCCUGCAAUCUCAGCGCCAAUUUCCUCGUCAACUGUUGAUCAGCUGGAAAUCUUCACCACCUUUGACAGCAGAAAUCCCCAAUUCACAUCGAAUUUACAUAUAGAUGAUUUGAAGCUUAUGCACCAUUACACCACGGAGACGUAUACGACGCUAUCAAACACCCCAGAACAUAUCGAAAUAUGGAGAACCGUCAUUCCCAAGGAAGCUCUUGCUCACCCCUUUCUAAUGCAUGGACUCUUAUCUCUGUCAGCACUUCACCUCAUUGAGUGCAGCAGCAAUAACGACCCGAACCUCCGAAAAUAUGUCGAAUUAGCCACCAUGCAUCAGCAUCUUGCCCUUGCAGCGUUUCGGCCAGUGCUGAAUAACAUCACCCCGUCCAACUGCAACGCUGUAUUCGCGUUCUCGAGUCUCAUCGCGGCGCUGGCCUUUGCUUUCUCUCGUUUUGUCGGCAGGCCGGGUGGGGGCGAGCCCGUUGCUGAGCUACUUCAAGAUUUCCUUCUAUUUCGCGGUGUGGAGAGCGUGCUAAGUACAUCAUGGGAGCUCAUACAGAAGGGGGAGCUGGGGCCAAUGAUCCGGCGUCCUGCGGAUGGUAUACCACAGCCGAUUUCUAAAGACGUCAUAAAUGCACUUGAUUAUUUGCACGAUUGCAAUGGAGCACAUGUAACCCAGCUAAGUGCUGAAGAAAAGGAUGCGAAUAAUCAUGCCAUCCGCGAACUUCGGAUUUCGUUUGAGCGACCCGCUUCGAGCUUGGAGACUGUUUUUCGCUGGCCGAUCCUUCUCCCCGAAGCCUACCUUGUGCAUCUGAAGGCCCGAAAACCCAUGGCGCUGGUGAUUCUUGCGCACUACUGUGUCAUCCUUUCCAGGUUGGAUUCGUGCUGGUGGUCGCAAGGCUGGGCGAGUCACUUGUUCGAAGCAAUUUAUCGCUCCUUAGGCGUGAGUUGGAGACCCUUGUUACGAUGGCCGAUGCAAAUGCUUGGAUUGGCUGAUAAGCUGGCGAAUAUUCCAUGAGCUACGAAUGACGCCUCUGUUAUCUGAAGGCCCUGCUACUACGGAGCUACGCCCCGCGUGGUGGGUGGAAUGGAAGAUAAUACGUAUUCUUCAAGGGCAGCAAAUACUUUCCAAUAGUUUGUGAAGGAGUAUGGCGCAGAGUUUGAUGGAGUAGAUUGUAAAUAGUAUUUAAUUUCUACCUUAUCUGCGGUUUUGUACUGUAUUUCUAUUUGGUUAGUUAAGUUACCUAAUUAGGCAGUAUUCGUAAGUUACUGUUAUUCAUUUCGCGUUUAUUGGCUCUUGUCACUCGCUUAAAUGUCCUAAGCUAGUUAAGUGUAUCGGAAAGGGGAGCUUGCGCUGACUAGUUAAUACGUCGG